AUGGACAUCUCCCGAGGUAUCAAGCCCUGGAAACUCAACGAUCAAAGAAAUUUAGUCUUUGUAAACGCGACGAUCGUUGAUCCAUCCAAGGGCAAAUUGAUCUGGAAUGCUACAGUCCGAAUCUCAGGGGGCAAGAUCAUCCAAAUCGUCACAGAUAACUCCACUACAGCCACAGACGACCUUCCCGGAGAAAAUGUGAUUGACCUGAGCGGGAAAUACCUGUGUCCGGGCUUGAUCGAUUGCCAUGUUCACAUCGCGGUAGUUCCCGGCGAAGCCGAUCUACGAUCAUACAAACACAUGACCGAGCGAGUCAGUCUCCUGCGGCAGCCGUACGUGCUCAAAUCCAUGUUAGACCGCGGCUUCACCUCAAUUCGUGAUUGUGGCGGCGCAAGCCUCGCGAUCAAGGAAGCCGUCGAGGACGGUGUGAUCCCAGGCCCUCGUCUCUUCAUCGCUGGAUACGCACUCUCCCAAACUGGUGGACACGGCGACUUGCGCGGGUCCCACAACACCCAGCUCUGCUGCAGUGGCUCCAUCUCCGGAAUCAGCAGGAUUGUCGACGGCCCAGCGGAGUGCUACAGAUACACGCGCGAUGAGUUGCGCCAGGGAGCGGACUUUAUCAAGAUCAUGGGUGGUGGCGGUGUUGCUAGCCCCACGGACAGUAUUGAACAUGUGCAGUUCUCAGAUGAGGAGAUUAGGGCUAUUGUUACUGUUGCACGGAACGCGGGCACAUAUGUCACGAGUCAUAGCUACACGCCUCGGGCGAUUCAGCAGGCCAUCAAGCUAGGGGUGCGCGGUAUCGAGCAUGGGAAUCUUCUUGACCUUGAGACGGCAAAGAUGAUGGCUGAAAUGGAUGUUUUCUUGACUCCGACGCUCAUCACGCAUGUCAUGUCCAAGCAGAUGAAUUUCCUUUCUGCUGAUGGCGCUGCUAAGAACGAGGAGGUUCUUGAGAAGGGACUGAAGGCAAUGAAGUUGGCUAUUGAUGCGGGCGUGACUGUCUGUUUCGGGACUGAUCUUCUUGGUCCGAUGCAUUUUGCUCAAAGCAAGGAGUUUUCGGUGCGCAGUUCGGUUUUGACGCCAUUGCAGAUUCUGCGCAGUGCUACUGUUAAUGGUGCUCGGCUUGUUAUGCAGGAAGACAAACUGGGUCAGGUCCAGGAGGGAUUCGUGGCAGAUCUUUUGAUCUUGAAAGGAAAUCCGUUGGAGGAUAUCACCAUUUUGGAUCGAGUGGAGGAGCACAUUCUGGCUGUGAUCAAAGAUGGGAGGGUUACUACCUCACGUUGGGACAAAGUCAAGGUGGAUCUUUGA